ACGCCGGAAGUGGAACUGCGCGCGUCCCGGAGGUUGUCGGGAGGGGCCAGUGAAGAAAACCAGCUGCUGGCGAUCCGAAAAGAGGCUCGACGCUACGGUAUAUGAGGAACUUUGAUCCUUGCGGGCCACCGUUCCGGAAGUGGAAUUUAGAGGAAGAAAGUACCGGAGUUGCAGGGGAUAGGUAAAUUUCUCAACGUUAUAGGUUGGGGUUCUUAGAACUUUUUGUGGUGUGUGUUGAGCUAGAGCGACUCAGAGGUGUUAGUUACCUCACCUAAAAAUAACCUCUCUGCUGAGCGCGACCGGUUUGUGGCGCAAGAUGAGCCUUGGGGCUUCUGAGAAAGCCGGUCUGCACUGUUCCUCGGUGGCGACCUUAAUUAUGAGAUGAGUUAAUGCUUCACUGACUUACCAUGGCGCAGCGGGCAGUGUGGCUUAUAAGUCACGAACCGGGAACUCCACUUUGUGGCACCGUGAGAUUCUCCAGGCGGUAUCCAACGGUUGAAAAACGAGCCAGAGUCUUCAAUGGAGCAAGUUAUGUGCCUAUUCCCGAAGAUGGUCCCUUUCUUAAAGCACUGCUCUUUGAACUUAGAUUAUUGGAUGAUGAUAAAGACUUUGUUGAGAGUCGUGAUAGCUGUUCACGCAUCAAUAAAACAUCCAUUUAUGGACUCUUGAUAGGAGGUGAAGAACUCUGGCCAGUUGUCGCUUUUCUGAAGAAUGACAUUAUAUAUGCUUGUGUUCCACUAGUUGAACAAACUCUGUCCCCUCAUCCGCCAUUAAUUAGUGUUAGUGGAGUUUCACAAGGCUUUGAAUUUCUUUUUGGGAUACAGGAUUUUCUUUAUUCAGGUCAAAAAAAUGACUCUGAGCUAAAUACAAAAUUGAGCCAGUUGCCUGACUUGCUUCUGCAGGCUUGUCCAUUUGGCACUUUAUUAGAUGCCAACUUAAAGAAUUCAUUAGAUAAUACCAAUUUUGCAUCUGUGACUCAGCCACAAAAACAGCCAGCUUGGAAAACUGGAACGUACAAAGGAAAACCACAAGUUUCUAUUUCUAUCACUGAAAAGGUAAAAUCCAUGCAAUAUGAUAAACAGGGUAUAGCGGAUACAUGGCAAGUUGUUGGAACAGUGACUUGCAAGUGUGAUUUGGAAGGAAUCAUGCCAAAUGUUACCAUCAGCUUGAAUCUCCCCACCAAUGGAUCUCCACUUCAAGAUAUUCUAGUUCAUCCUUGUGUAACUUCUCUUGACUCUGCAAUUCUGACUUCUAGUAGUAUUGAUGCAAUGGAUGACUCUGCAUUUAGUGGGCCUUACAAAUUUCCAUUGACUCCACCUUUAGAGUCAUUCAACUUAUGCUACUACACUUCCCAGGUCCCUGUCCCACCAAUUUUGGGAUUUUAUCAAAUGAAGGAGGAAGAAGUACAACUAAGAAUAACCAUUAAUUUAAAACUUCACGAAAGUGUGAAAAAUAAUUUUGAAUUCUGUGAAGCUCAUAUACCUUUUUACAAUAGAGGUCCAAUUACACAUUUGGAAUAUAAAACUAGUUUUGGCCAGCUCGAAGUAUUUCGAGAGAAAAGCUUACUGAUCUGGAUUAUUGGCCAGAAGUUCCCAAAAUCAAUGGAAAUUAGUCUUUCUGGAACUGUAACUUUUGGAGCCAAGAGCCAUGAGAAGCAGCCAUUUGACCCAAUUUGUAUUGGAGAAACAGCAUAUUUAAAGCUUCAUUUUAGGAUCUUAGAUUACACACUCACUGGGUGUUACGCAGAUCAGCAUUCAGUUCAAGUUUUUGCAUCAGGAAAACCAAAAAUAAGUGCAUACCGGAAACUAAUUUCUUCUGAUUAUUACAUCUGGAAUUCUAAAGCCCCCGCUCCAGUAACAUAUGGAUCAUUAUUACUGUAAUAGUCUCAUGUUUAAAUGGGAUUAUAUAAUGAUAACAGUUUGAAGGAAAUCAUAAUCUUAUAUUUUUAAUGUGGAUGCAUAGAACCUGUGAGUGAAAAAUCACUGAAUGAUUUAAUUGUAAAAGUAGUCUUAUUUGGUGUUUGUAGUCUGAUAGAACUUGAAAGGGUGUUUUAAAAGCUAAUGUCUCCAAUUUUGUUAACCUUUGAUUUUAUGCCAGUAUAAUGCAGAACAUAGAAAAGUAAUGAUUCACUUGGGCUCAUUUUAGACUAGUCCUGGGUCACCCUGCCACACUUGUUUCUUAGUGUUUCUGUGGCAGACAUUGCUAAUCAAUUAUAGCCCUUUUCUGUACUGAGCCUUGGAUAAAGGGUCAGGCUCCUUUUCAGUUCAGAGAUUCAGGGUUGUAGAUGAUGUGCAAUAUAAAAACUAUUUUCUCUUCCACAUCUAAGUACUAAGCUCCUAGUAUAAGGUGUUGUUGCAGAAUACCAGAGGCCAUGUUAGAAACAACUACAUCUCUUCAAAAAACAGCCAACAGAGACAAAGGAAAAGUGUUUAAGUAGUAACCUGUUCUUCUUAAUCAGAACUAUCCUAUUGACUAAUAAAGAAUCUGCAUAAUUCUACUUUUCUACUUAAGGUGUGUAAUCUCUGUUCGAGAGUUAGUUUUUAAGUAAGCUUGUUAAUCUGCCACAAUGACAUUUUGCUUAGGAUGUCAGUAGCCAUAUUAAGAUGUGUGGAAUAGCUUCAGAAAAGGAUCAUAGUGUUUUGUAAUCGUUUAAUGUCUGCAGCUAAAUUUUUAAAGGUAAUUUAGAUCUAAUACUGCUCUUUCUGUGUCUUAUUAAGUUAAAAUUAAUGAAUGAAUUCUGGAAAGAAAUUCAAAGGCACUCUGUGGGUAGAGAGUAUCAUUUAAGCUUAUUUUAGUCACAUGUAGUAUAUAUCUCCUUAAAGCUGUCACUCUCACUUUCUUACCAUUCUCUUGAUUUCUUCAGAAACCAUCUAAUCAUCUUUAUUCUCUACCUACUUCUGCAAUUAUAUGUCAUAUUAUGUUUUCAGAGCAGUUCAUUGUCAAGUUGGACUUUAAGUGACCAUUCAAGAAAAGAUGAAAUCUCACGAACCUCAAAACUUCAUUCAUGUCUUUUUACAGAUUAGAAAAAAAUAUGCAUUAAAGAUUAAUACUCAAUUUGAUAAUAUCUUGGGUUCUGUUUUUUAAUGAGUCUUCUAAGGAAAAGCUUAGAAAAUUUGCUAACUCCUCAAAAAAGAGCAUGAUAGUUUAAAGGGAUUGUGCAUAUAAAUUUAGGAUUUGAAAUAUGAUUUUUUAAUUAAGGUCAGUCCUACUCAUAAACUCAUUUUCUGCAAAGCAUUAUCAUGGCAUAAGGUUCUGUGUUCAAAAUUAUCCCAAGUAACAAAGAAAAAAGAAUAAUUGCCUGACCAGGACUUUAACUUGUUAUUCUAGCUUAAUCAUAGAUAAUCAGCAGUGAAAACUUUCCUUUAGAAAGAAGAAAAUAUCAUUCCCUGUAAGUUAUUUGAUCUCUCUUAAACUCAAAUAAAACUUAACAUUUCACUUAUGUUGAUAAGUUAAUGGUAAUGGAGCCAUUUGGAAUCUUGAUUGUAUAAAUGUUUACCAAAUACACUAAGGUAAGCAAGAGGCAUUUAUCUAGUGAGUAGGCGAAGAUUUAAUAUAAUAAUCCCCUAGGCAAAAGUUUAUAAGCAGUUAGAAAAAUCAGUGAAUCUUCUAUUUGGCAUUUCUAGAAACCGGAGGAAAAUCUAGGGUGUCCUGGAAAAGUGAUGAGGUGUUGGGGAACCUGAUGCCAUCUGUUGCCAUUCCAUUCUAACAUAGUGCUACAGAACUGAACCAACUUAGGUUUUCAUCCCAUUGAGAUCAGCUGGGCACACUGUGAUGCUUUUGAUUUUGUCUAGAAACCUGUCACUUCAGGAUAAUUUCUGAAGACAGAGUCUGUUUCCCGUUUGGUAGGUGACCUGUUUAAUGUUUUCCCUGUGUCUGGGAACUCCUUAGUGUAAUUAGCGACCUUUGAACUCCACAACUAAUCCUGAGCUAUUUUGUAUUCCUUACUCAUCUUUAAGGCUGGACCUUUCUUUUCUUCAGAGUCCGCUGCCACAAUUAAAGAAGAAACAGCUGCAUUUCAAAGGGAUUCCGAUUCCAGAAGCUUAAUCGUGAUUGACAUGUUCUUAUUCUAAGCUAUAAGACACUCUAAGAGUCCUUUCUUGGGUUAAAACUUCAAUCAUUUUCUAAAAAAUUAUCUCACUAUGGAUUUUAUUCAUUUUCUUUGAUAACUAUUCUUUGCAUUUUUUAACUUGAAAGAUGCUUUGCGUUUGCAGUGCAUAUGAGCAACUACUUCCAGUGAAAGAUUUGGAUACUGUCAGACCUUCUCUAGAUGCAAAAUUGCUAAAUUCCCUUUUAGUGCCAAAAUAUGAUUAUGAAAUCUGAUGUCUAUCACAUAGGUAAUUAUUCUUCAAUAAAUUCGAAAGGUUAAAAAAAAAAGUGUUAAAUUUUUUAGAAUGAACUCCAGAAAAGAUGGUUCAUGAUUUUGUAAACCCUUUUCUCCGUUUUUUACUAAACAAUAUUUUAAAAACUUUUUAAAGCCAGCAAUAUAGUACUCAGGCCAUAUACCCUUACAGUAGUGGCAUUUUUUUUUUUUUUUACUUUUUAAGCAAUUGAUUCAAAUGUCAAGUUUGAAGUAGUCUUGUCAGGAAUUCCGAUGACAAUUAUUUGUUUAAAAAAAUUUUUAUAUUAAACAUUAGUCUGUCUCAUAAAAUAGUUUUCAUUUUUUCAUACCAAUUCAGUAUUUCUACUGGAUUAAAAUUAUUAUGGUGUUUUUAUACAUUGUAUGAUUUAAGAUCUUUCAAGGCAGACAUUUAUACUUAGUCACAAUUGCCAAUUUUUUUUGGUUUUUGUUAUAGUAUUUCAAAAUACUUCAUAGACAUUGAUAAACUGCUACACUAACCCUGGGAGCUAGGUAGGUGGAAUUAUCAUCCAGGACUUCUGUAGGGACUGCUGCCACAACAGAAUGGUUGUUCCUAAGACAAAGGUCAAAAAAAGGGGUGUUAAUAAACAGUCCUCAGGUUUAAGGGACUUUUUUAGGAUUACAUCUUAAAUUCCAACAAAUCAGAUUUAGGAGUUACUGAAAGUGAAAUUGAUCCAUCCCUCAUCCAAACUUUGCAAUACUUUCCUGUUCUGACAUCAUUUAGAUAGUUAGCUGUAUUAUCAGAUUAGAAACCAUUGUACCAGGCUGCUGAAAGGAAAAGGAGGCAAAAAGCUAAACAUGGGAUGAAUUCUGAACCUUUUAACCUGGCUGAAGUACGUUGGUCCCUGUUAUGCAAAUACCUUCAAUCCUCUGCUAAGUUCAGUGGAAAUAAUUUUCUUGAAUGACAGGUUUAUUCAGCAAGGAUUCAGUUGGUGAUUAAUCCCCCUUUGAUCUAGGGUAUUUCACUUAACUACCAGUUACCUCGUUCUGACAAAGUGCAACUGAGAUUAGGGAGAUCACUAGAACACUACCAGGGUGUGCGUUUAUUCUCUAUAACCUUUUAAAGCAAGGGCCAAGAAUGCAAUUUAUUUUCAGUAUUUGAAGAUGUAAAGUCCUGUCUGCUAAGUUAGAAAGUCAAUUGAAUACCAAAUGAAGUUUAUUUCUUACGUAAUAGAACAAACAUUUCUUUUUGCUUUGCCUAACAAUGAUAUUAGGAAACAUAGGCUUUGAAGAAAGAAGAAACAAAGACUACAUUCUAAGUAUUGCUUCUAGUUUUGUUUCAUGCACUAGAGUAUACUUACUGGCCCUGAGAUAACCCAAAAAUCAAAGCAGUGGCUAUAACUUAGGCUGAGAAAAUGCUUCUGUUUUAUUAAGCUGCGUGGUUUCUUCUCACCUUUCCCCCUACCACCACCACCACCACCAUUAGAAAAUGUCAUACUGUGUGGUAAAGAAAUCCAGUUGAGGAAAAUGUGUUGUGGUACACGGUUAUCCACCUUAAGACUAAUGAUUUUGAAGCUUUGUUAACUAUUUCUUUUCUUGAGGCAAAGGAGCUUCUUAUGUUUCCAUUAUAAGAAUAAUUGCAUUCAUUUUCAGGACGCUUUUUUUUUAAAAAAAAAAAUGACAGCAUUACCAAAAUACUCGAGUAAUUAAAUUUUUUCUGCCUGCCUUUCUCUCAGUUAUCUGAGUACCUCUUCUUCCAUAAUUUUAAAUUUUGAAAUAUUACAUGGGAUUUUGCACAGUAUUUUGAGAAAAAAAUUUAAGAUCAUGUUUCAUGCUAGGUUUCUCAAUUUGCUGUUUAAAACUGUUUCAAUAGUAAUGUCAGUCUUUAUCUUGCAAGAUGUCAAAUCAGAGGAUUUAUUCCUCCAGUAUAUUUUAAGACCUUUAAAAAAAAAAGUAUACUGAUUUGUCACAAAAUAUGUUUUUAAAGAUUAGAUUUUGAUUAAUGAUUGAAUUAUAAGCAAAGCAUUUUAAUGCUUAGUAAUUACUAUUCUAGUAGUAUUUUACAAUACAAGUGAUGUAUUUAGGUUAUUAUACUUUUUUUUGGCUCAGACUUUUUGCGAUCUAAUUUAUAAAUUGAAACAAUGACUCAAAGAAGUGCAUAUCUAACUUAUGUUUGUGCCAAGCCAGCCUCCUCUAGUUUCAAUUUAAUAACUAGUUUCAAAAUAUAUUUUGAUAGCAAGUUCCUAAACCACAACAAAAUUGCGGAUCAGGAAAAAUAUAAGAUGCAGUAUUCUAUAAAGAUAGAGGGCAGGUUUCCAUUGGCUAUGUUGCUAAGAAACUAGUGUUUUUAAUCAUUACACUCCAUGCAGUUAUAUUUAUUCAAUAAAACAGGGUAUAUUUUGAAAUUGACCAUCAUAGAAUAUGUAUAUAUACACACAACAUACAUAUACAAGUAUAUGAAUUUAUGUAAAUGUAUACAACACUAGUGUGUCUGACUUGAUGGGUUUCCCUGUGAAACAUGUCGGUAUCAUGUAAGAUAAAGAAUAUUUUAAGGUCAAAUAUUCAAAUAUCUUUCCUCCAAACACAGUAUUAGUUAAUAGUAGUGAAAGGAUUCAUUAAACUGAAAAUUGCCAAGGAACUCAUGAGUUGGUGAUUGAAACAAAGUGAUUAAAACUCUUAUGACCUGAAGUCUUUCCAACUAGCCUCCAACUUUCCUCACCAGCUGUUUUAUGGAUGUAACAUUAGUGUUUGUGUAUAGCCUGGAACAAUACAAAGCUGUACCUGUAUCACUAGUUUCUUGCCUUAUAAGCAGGAUACUGCAAGGGCUGGUUGAUUUUUCUAAUGCCCUGGCCAAUCUGUAUAAUUGACAUCAGUGUAUUGUUAAUGUGUGAUGCACAAGCAUUUACAGAUGGACAAAUACUCCACACUAAAAACCACCUGCUGAAUUUUUUUUCCAGUAGGAUGUGAAAAUUUGCAUUUCUAAUCUGUCAGACAUUUAAAGUCAAAACUGCAUAUUUCCUUUAAAUGGCCUCUUUUAAAUAUUUUAUGUUUAUAAAUUUUGUUAUAAUGAAAAAAUUUUAAAUUAGUUAUUCCUCUUAAAUUUUUACUUUUUCCUUCAAGGGACUUGGGUGCCCUCUGCAGGUUAUAAAGAGAUAAUUAGUGACUAUAUUUUAAAACCCUGUGAUUUUUCUCUUUCAUACACAUAGCCUGCUUACACCCAAUUUCAAAGAAAGUGUGAGCUAAUUUAUUUAAGUUAACUCUUAUUAAUUUGCCAGUGGUUGAAGUUGGAGUUUCUUUUCUCCACUAGUUUUAUAGGUGUGUUUAGUGUGAAGAAUGUGAUACCAUUGAACUUCCAGACUACUUAGCUGGAGCUCUUUAAAUGUUGGAACUGUAGUAAUACACAUUCCCUCACAGAAGGGAGAUUGGGAAAAUAGCUAUUUUGAAAUUUAUUGCAAAUGUAGGGAAUAGCUUGUUUCCCAUUACGUUUUUAGAAUAUUACACAUUUGGAGUAAGCCUUGCUUUUUCAACAGUCGUCAUGUAAAAUUACAUGAAAGAAAAUAAUUUGAAAAUUACACAAGAUUUCUCUUCCUUGAUCUUGUUGAUGAUGAUUAUUGUGUUCUAGCUCAAAAAGCAGACCUUCUCAGAAUUGCUUAUUUUUUUAAAAAGUGAGUACUAAACAGAUAAUGCGUAGGUACUGCCCAUUGCAGACAUAGGUCUACUAAACUAGAAAGAGUAUUUGAAGAGCAAAAGGCAAAGGUUUCCUCACCAUCCUGUGGAAGUACAUGAGUUACUCCUUUCAGUAUGCCUAUACUUUCUCAACAGGUGUAGCAAAUUUGUUUCUGAAGGACAUAGGAGUUCAUUUUUUAUAUGAAACUGUAGAACUGGAGUGGUAAUGGCACUUCUGAUUCAAUUAACUUAGUUGGUGAAGCUGCCAGGGAAGCUAAAUAUGAUGAGAACAAGAGGAAUGACUGGGUCAAAUUAAUAGAAAUAGAUCUUUUUGCAAGCAACAUAAUGAUUCUGAUCAUCAACCUUGAAAAGUAAAUUAGAACAAGCAAAUUGCUGUUGAAAAAUUCUUUCAGCACUCUGCUGUUGCUACUCAGCUAGUCAUAGCUCAGCCAGAGGGAAGGAAAAAAUGCACUCAGUUUUGCAUUAACAAAGGAAACAUUAUUAAAGUGAAUGUUUACAUUGUGUUUAUUGAAGUGUUGAAAGAAUAUUUGUUGCAUCUUCAAGCAACCUGCUGCUCUCCAGACUUACAGUGCAUGAGUGAUAAUAAAAAUGAGUCAGUCACUUGUACAUUUUAGAAAAUAAAUAACUUUUAACAUAAUAUUUCUCAACUAUGUUAGUUCAAAAUAUUUAAGUGCCAAAUUUAAUGUUACCUUCUCUGCUAAAGAUUUUUGUCUCUAGGAAAUAUAUUCCAUCAAAAAAAAAAGAAAAGAAAAGAAACUCUCUAUUUAUUUAUUUGAAUAUACCUUCCAGUUACUUCCAGAUGCUUUAUGUAACUUUCCUCCCAGAAGCUACAAUACAUAAGAAAUAAUAAGCUGAAAAUAAUCAAAAAAUGAAAACAAUUGUGAAAUUACUGAAAUGGGUAUGUAAUAUAUGCACUGGAGAAAUACCAGUUGAUUACUGUGAUAACUUUUGAGUGCUGCAGUUAUUUUGAACUAUCUCAUAAAGACUACAUUGAGAAUGAAAAAGCCAUUGAACAAUAGGUGUACCAAUUUGACCUUUAAAAGUUCAAUCUUUAUUAUAUGCAUUGGUAAGUGGGAAAGUUAAUAAUUAAAAAUUUAGAAAGAAUUUUAGCCUUUACCUUUUUAAAAUGAACAAUUUAAAUCACUCUUACACUUUAGAAAUUGAAAUAUAGUAUUUAACAGGGAUUAAAAUGUUUUACUUGGUCUCUUAGUGUUAUUGAAUACAAGUUUAGUAUUCUGUAAUCCCUUAUGGAUUGGCUGAUUUUUGAAGAACUAUUUUCUUAGAUUUACCAACAGGACAAGUUGUCGGCCUUUUCCCACAUUUCAACCUAAAAAUGGUAUCUAUCGCAGUUAUCAAAGAUUAGCCCUUAAGAAACUCUUAGCCUGUUACUUUAUUACUUACCAUUUCUAUAAUAUGUAUGUUUACAGAGCAUCAUAUAUUUUAAGUCUAGAAUCAAUAAAAAGUUGUCUUUGUCAAUAAUGAAAAAAUUUUUAAUCUAAAAUAAAGUAGAUGUCACGCCUCUAAUUCUGCUUUUGCUAAGGCAAUCAUCAGUAGAAGUGGUUAGUAAUAUUUGUUGCUUGUUAACUAACUGGAGCCAGAGGACUUUUUAAUAUGAAUAACAGUGGUCUCGUGCCAUAAGUAUUUAUUUCCCUCAUACAUAUUAAAAUAGCACAUUAUUUUAUUUAAUAUUUAAGGCCUAAGCAAUUGAUCAUAAGGUAUGGCUUGGAAUUUAAAACUGCUGAGCAGUAUGGUUCAGAGGGAGACCUUAAUUUGGUCAAUAAAAAUUCAUAAUUAAUGUUAAGCUUUGUGCUCAUGUUAUAUGCUACUCUGGGAUUAGACAUAAAGACAAAAAACAGUUCCAUAUUUUGAAGGAUAUAUUCUGCCUCCUGCAAUGUAUUAGUAUUGUAGUGUAGAAGACUAUUUCUAUAUGUUGUUAGUACAGAAACUGCCCAAAAAGGUGAUGGUGGAAGUCUACCUGCUAGUUAAAGGGCACGCCGCAGGGGCAGCAUGUCCCCAUGGGUCUAUCUCUAGCAAACGGAAUCCUGGAAACUUGAGCACCUGAUAGAGCAGAAGGAAAGAAAGAUUAUAGGAAGUAUAUUUAUUCAUGAGAGAGAAUUUGGUUUUGCCUCCAGAUGUUUGAGAGAGAAUUGGUUUUGCCUCAGAUCCAAACAUCUGGAUACAUAGGGUAAAUGUAAAUGGCUAAUGAAAGUGAUUACUAUUGUAUUUGAUUUGAUAUUUAAUUUAUUAGACUGAAAUACUAAAUUAAAUACAAAAAAACUCCUACAUACAGAGUAUGCGUUUCUCCCAUUGAUUCCCCUCCUGCCUCCUUCACUGAUUUUGAAUGUGUGCUCAAUUUGCUAGUAUGAGAUUUACCUCUGCCUUAUCAGUGAAGAAAAUAUGAUAUCUAUAUAGAAUUAUAAGGAAAAUAUAUAUGUGAAGAAAUGUUAUGUAAUCUAACAUUUAUAUGCUAAUGUGUCUUAGAUUUACCAACUAUCCUAAUGUGUAGUCCAUUGAUAAACUAAAUUUUUCUUUAGGAUAGUUCACAUCCAGUAGAACUUCUACCUUGGAACACAUUCUUAGCCUUGUUCAUUUUGAAUAUGUGUGUGUGUGCAUGUGUGGAAAACAAGAAAAAUACAAGCUCUAGAGCAGUGGCCUCACACUGGUUUAUAUUAGUGUGCCAGUCUUUCCCCUACCUCCCUAAUAUUUCGAACCUCUUGUGGACCAUGACAUUCAUUUUCAUACCUUCAGAUUUCCGGUGCCACCAGAAACACAAAAGCAGCUUAGUGUUGAUUUAGCGAAGUAGCAAAAUGUUAAAUACAUAAUAAAGCAGAUUGUCCUGUCACCUAAAACAAAUUAGUGAUGUUUGAGUAACUAGGGUUUUGCAUGUGUGUAUAGAAAGGCCAUUGUGCAAACAGUGGUUCAUUCUGUAUUGGGCACAGGUGAAUUCUGCCCUGUGAUUGCCAUCUUUAUAGCACUUUUCAGAGAAUUUGUUGCCAUUUAUGACACUGAUCUUCAGACACACUUUGUAGUGCCUUGGCUUAAACUGUCAGACUGGCAACAGCUGAGGCUGCCCAUCAUAGGACACAUUGCUUGCAGUUACGCUUCAGUGAACCUUAAAACAUUUGGCACUCGUAUGUUAGAAAUGUCCUUCUGAAACUCACUCUACAACAGCUUUGUGGGCUCCCUACUAUUUGCUAGAGUCAAUCCUGAUUUUGUUUGGCAUAAUACGACCUGGUAUGCUAUGACUCUCCUAUAAAACCACAGCUUUCAGCGGUCCUUGUGUACUAAUGAAAUGGAAUUGCCAGUAUCCAAAAGUUCCAAGUGAUUAUUUAGAACAUUUCCAUUAACCAUAAAGGCAAAGUGGUAUAGAGAAAAUAAUACAGUCUUUGAAGUCACACAGACCUGAUUUCAAAUCCCAGCUCUGCCAUUUACAAGCUGGGUGGUCUUGGAUAAAUUACUUAACCUCCGUGGUCUUCAGUUUCCUCCCAACUUUGUAGGGUUAUUGUGAGCCUUGAAUGAUACUAAGUUAUAAGUGCAUAGGUAUUCAAUCAGUGUUCAUUCUCUUCUGUAUUAAAGAUUCAUAAUGACCUUUUCAUGGAACUGUCUCUACCUAUAAUUAUGUGAUUGUGCCUUCAGAUUAUCAAAAUUAGAUGAAUUGUCCAUGUGCCCUUGGUUUUGAAUGUUCAACUCUGUAUUGCAGAAUGCCUACUCAGUUGCUUGAAUGGGUCUUGGAGUUAAUAAAAUGGCUGUAGAAUUGA